GCGGGGGCGGCCAGGCCGGGCGGAUGGAGCGCGCGAGUCGGGCGCGCCCCGGGGAGCCGAGCGCCGCCGCCGCCGCCGCCGCCUGUGCUGUGCCGCUGCCCUCCUGCCGGCCAUGGCGUCCAAGUGCCCCAAGUGCGACAAGACCGUCUACUUCGCUGAGAAAGUAACGUCCUUGGGGAAAGACUGGCACAAGUUCUGCUUGAAAUGCGAGCGUUGCAAUAAGAUAGUGACCCCUGGUGGACAUGCUGAGCAUGAUGGGAAACCCUAUUGCCACAAGCCUUGUUACGCAACAUUGUUUGGACCAAAAGGUGUGAAUAUUGGAGGGGCGGGGUCAUACAUCUAUGAUCAGCCUCAGAAUGAAGGUCAGUUGGUGUCAGGCCCAAUUGAGUAUGUAUCCAAGACAGAAGAAAAAAAAGUUAAUGCUGCACCCAAGCCACCUAGCAGAGCCUCCAGUAUUACCACCUUCACUGGAGAGCCCAAUGUCUGCCCACGCUGCUCUAAGAAAGUCUAUUUUGCUGAGAAGGUGACUUCAUUGGGCAAAGACUGGCACCGUCCCUGCCUACGGUGUGAGCGCUGUGGGAAGACUCUAACACCUGGAAGCCAUGCUGAGCAUGAUGGACAGCCAUAUUGCCACAAACCUUGUUAUGGGAUUCUGUUUGGACCAAAGGGAGUGAACACAGGCGGAGUUGGCAGCUAUAUCUACGACAAAGACCCGGAGGCAAAGGACCAACCUUAAGAGUGCCAUCUGCCUGACCUUCUGUCUGUCUGUCGGCCCACUUGCACUGUCUUCUCUGGCCUAACCUCUUUGUGUUUUUAGAUGUAGUGGAGUCAACUGUGGUGCUGUUCUGCUUUCUCCUCUAGGAAGGGCACUUCUGUAGUGGAUCUUCCGUUUAAUAACAACUGUGCUAUUUUUUUUUUAAAAGAGCACACAAACCUGCCUCUUUCCCACGGACACCCAGGGAGUCCUUAUGUGGCAAGCGUGCACGAGGCUAGCAUUUUGGCUGUCGCCUUUCGCGUAGAUUCUGUCGUACGAAUCUAGCCGUGAUCCCAAAGCCCUGCACAGCCAACUACAGUGCUUGUGCGUUGGUCCAAUUUGCUCUUAGGCAUCCGGUCGCUGUGAAUGCCAAGAAGGAGCUGUGCUCUUCAGCAAGGCUGCUUUAAGUCUCGCUUCCAAAUUCCCGCAUAGCCUCUGCUGCAGCGACUGCUCUCGGGGCCUUUCCAGACGUUGGCUGCUGCGUAACCUAAAAUCCAGUCAGUAUUGUUGGGUGAUUUGUGGAAGCUGAACCAUCCCAACCAUGGGUGUUACAACGUGGGCAAGAAGACACAAGGGAUACUUGCCAGGUCAUUUUGCACAGGCAAGAACGCUGCGGUCUGUUGCCUGAAAAUGUUAUGUUUGUUAUGAAGUUGAAAGACUACAGUGUAAAACGGGAGAGGCUGAAGCUUAUCGUAUUGGGAGUGGGGAGGUGUGGGGCUGAUUGCAUUUAUUGUUUUUGCUUUCUUAAGUAUUUGAGGCUUAUUUAUAACUAGAUGGUAAUGUGCUUUCUGCUUUGGAAGAUGGAACAGUAUUCCUGGUUGCCUUGGCAGUAGCCCAUGGGAGGAGACACAACAGGCACCAGCCGGUAACGGGGCAUAGAGACUACACUACUCAACCUGCACUUGGCAACGCUUGCACUGCCCAAGCCACACAUAAGCUGCUUCAACCCAGAAGCCCUACCAGACUGGUAUUUUUUCCUUUUGCCGUUAAUAAAAGUUUUGACACUGA